AUGGCUGCGCCCGGCGGCCCGGCGGCAUCCCCUCCACCUCCACCGCCACCGCCACCGAAAUCUGACCAGGCCGUCGGCGACGCGUCCGCGUCACCCCCUCCACCACCACCACCACCUGAGGCAGAAACGGUCGGCCCAGCACCACCACCGCCGCCCGAAAACCAAACACCGACGGCAGAAACGGCGAGCCCAGCACCACCACCGCCGCCGGAAAACCAAACACCGACGGCAGAAACGGCGAGCCCAACACCACCCCCGCCACCGCAAAACCAAACAUCGGCGGCAGACACGGCCAGCGCACCACAAACUGACAUGCAGAAGCAAACCGGGACGGGGGAGGUCGCCGGCAUGUCUGAGAUAGCACAGGCCCCGUCGCAAGAGACUGCGGCGGCCGCCGGUGCCGAGGACCACCUUCCUGCACCACCACCGCCGCCGCCACCUCCUGAGGAACAGAAGCAAGGCGAUACUGCCAAAGACGGGAAGGACUCUGCCACGGCAAACUCUCCCGGUGCAGAGGAGAAGAAGCCGGGCACAAGUCGCUGGCCCCGCGUCCGGUCGCCGGUGCUGCUGCUUCUCUCGCUCUUCCGGCUCCGCCACGGGAAGCCAAGCCAGGCGAUCGAGCAGCCUAAGGUCUCUCCUUCGGCGCCGGAGGACGAGCUGGCGGCACAGCAGGAGGAAAGUGAAGGGAGCAAGCGCCGUCGCCAUGAAACAGAGGCGUCAAUGUCGACGUCGGGGCGGAAGGACGCGCCACCCGAGGAACCGCACCAAACCAAGCGCCGCAAGAGCCUGCAGCGCACCGAGAGCGUCCGGCCUCCUGAAGCUGUCGUCGCCGAAGCUGACGCCAAGCGAACUCCCGUGAAAAAGAAGCUUCAAAAUGCGUUCGUGCUCGUGAAGGACACCUUGGCGUGGUACGGCCGGCAUCGCACCCCGAAGAAUGCGGAGAAGCCGGAGGAGGACCAGUCGGCGGCGCCAAAGGAGAAAGGAGGGGAGACCAAGCCGCCGACGUCGGCGCCGCCGGAGGAGGAGGCAGGGACAAAGUCGAAGCAGGACGGGAAAACUGAAGACAAGGAGCCGUCCACUCUAGCUCAAGAGGAGAAGGAGAAGGAGGAGAAGGAGAAGGCGCGCCGGCGGUGGGAGCGAGCGGAGGUGCGUCUGGAGAAGAUCCUUGAGGACGCGUGCACGAGGCUGACGCUCGCCGAGUUCAGGAAGCUCCCAAACCACAAGCAGCAGCCGCACCAGCAGUGCCUCCUCACCUUCUCGGUGUUCCCGCUCGGCUCGCAGGUGAAGAAGCAGGCCGUGACGUACUGGUGGUCCACGCGGUUCAACCUUCCGUCGGAGAGGGCGGGCGGCGCGGACGGGAUCUUCUCGAAGCUCUCCGGCGGCGGCUUCCUCGAGCCGAUCAAGAACGGCAGCACCAGGGUCAUCUACGGCUGCCGGGUGAACCCGCUGGUGCACUGGAUGGCGAAGCGGCUGGCGAGGGAGAAGGAGUGCGCCGACCUUGACGACCCCGGUGGCCCGGCUUUCAGCCAGCCAAAGUCGGAGGUCCUCUGCCUCACGGCGGGCAACCGUGCCCGGAUGCAGAAACUGCGCGAGGAGGAUGGCUUGCGGCCCCGGACCCGGCCCAAGCCCAGCCAAACAAUGGCGCCUCCUCCGGUUACGCAAGCAGUCGGGGGCCCAUCCCAGAAGCACCACGAGGACGAUGAUUCGCAGGCCCAGUUGAAGCCGAGUCCAUCAAAGGUGCCUUCUGAGGGUAUAGUAGCACCAGUUGGGCUCCCAUCCCAGGAUCAACAAGAUAAGACCAAACGGGAUGAUGAAAUGUUGGAGACUGCGAUACUCCUCAUCGAGUUUGAAAGGAAGAAAGUCAUCCUCAACAUUGACGCGCACGUGUACCGACUCCCGGAGCCCUUGCUCACCAAGCUCGCCGACCGCCUAGAGGUGCUGCAGCUCGGCCGGUGGGGGAACACCGACGACGAGACGUACAUGGAGGUGGAAACUCUGGAGUCGCUGAGCGCCAUCGGCAAGCUCAAGAACCUCCGGUACCUGAGCGUGCGCGGGUUGUCCCGGCUGACCGAGCUCCCAAGUGAGGUCCGGAGGCUCCGGAAGCUGGCCAUCUUAGACGUGCGCGGGUGCCAGAACCUGGUCAAGCUGCCGUCGUCCACCGUGAAGAAGCUCACGGGGCUGACCCACCUGGACCUCACCGAGUGCUACAUGCUGGAGCACAUCGGGCGGGGGGUCGCCGCCCUGCCGGAGCUGCGCGUGUUCAAGGGCUUCGUGUUCGGCGUCGGCAAGCGGCGGCGCGACGCGUGCAGGCUGCAGCACCUCGCCAAGCUGAAGAAGCUGUGGAAGCUCAGCGUCAACGUCACCACCGACGCCAACGUCGAGCAGGACGAGAUGAAGCAGCUCGCGAAGCUCGCCGGGCUCCUGUCGCUCACGGUGACGUGGGGCGAGAGGCCGAGCAUAUUGCUGGAUAGUAGCCCGAAAAUUCAAAGGCAGCUGCAAGAUCUCCUUGAUACGUGGACCUGCCUCCGGCUACCGCGGGAGCUCGAGAAGCUGGACGUCCGGUGCUACCCCGAGGGCACUCUGCCGUUGGCGACGUGGCUCAACGGCAACAAGAAACUCAGGAAGCUCUACGUGAGAGGCGGGGAGGUGAAGGAGCUCGACAUCCCCGGAGACAACGUCAUCGAGACCCUGCGCCUCAGGUACCUCAAAGAGUUCGAGCUGAAUUGGACGACUGACCUGCUCCCUAAGUUGAAUAGGAACACCAUUAAGUGUGUGGAGGUUGUCGAUAAAGAUUCUAAAGUGAUGAAGGCUCAAACCAAAGGUAAGGUUGGGGUAAAGGAGAAGCAGGAGAGGCCAGAGAAAGAAAAGCUGAUUCCCAUUAAGAAGCGGAUGAACAUACCAGUGUGUACCGUGGAUGAACAUGGGGUGUGGGUGAGGGACCUCAAGGAAGAAGACGCCGGCGGCCUAAUUCCAGGUAAAGCAGAAGCAGCUACAGGCGUUGCCAAAGGUGACAAAGGUGUUGACGAUGCUGGGAAAGCGCAAAAAGAAGUGAAAGAAGAAGAGAAACCAAGCAACCUCAAAGGUACCCAAGGAGAAAAUGAGCAACCAGCACCAGCCAAGGAAGACAGUGGAGCUACCGAUGGGAUAAAAAAAGUUGACGGCGGAGAUAAGAAACAUGAGAUUGUUAACAAAGAGAACGACAACAAGAGGGAGGCAAAAGAUGAAGAGCACAAUCCCAUGAAGAAGGGUGCACAAGUACCUGAGCCUAACGUAGAUGAGAAUAAGGUGCAGGCAAGCAAUGAGGAGGAACUCAAAGAGGUCGUGGAGAAGCAAGUGUCACCUACUCUCGCCGUCGAUCAGACAGUGGAUAUCAAGAAAGGUGACGUCGCCGAUAAAACCGACAAAGACAAAACAAGUGAAACCAAAGAAGCGAGGCAAGAUGAACCGGGAGAAGUCAAAGGACGAGAUGAACCACCUACCAAGGAAGACACAGGAGGAGGCACCGAUGAACUACAACCAGAAGGUGAAGACAAAGGCAAAGAUGAUGAGCAACCUGCCAUCAAAGAUGGAGGUGACGAUGGCAGAGGUACGAAUGCCCACAAUGCGACGAGCUCGCAGACAUCGGAGCCUAAAGAGGAGACCUCUGCCACACUAACCCUGGCUGCUGAAACAACCGCUUCUCCCACGGUGGCACCACCAGGAUUAACGGUCGCAACAACCAGCACUGCUCCAGCUACCGUGGACGCCAAGGAACCUGAGAAGGGUGGACAUGAUGAUGGAGCAAGAGGCACCAAUAGUAGAGAAUAGUUGAAUAUCAGAAGGAUGCAAUACAUCUCCCUAAGGUGCCCAAAAUAAAGGGGGAGAAUUGUUCUGCUGGGGACCUUUGGGUUGGACGUUCAGUCGCCUAGAAGCUGAUAGUUGGAAGAAAUAAUAACAAGUUGUUCAUACUUGUUACAGAUGAUAUUUGUAUACUUACAACAUGUGAGUUGUGUUUCGUUACCUGUUACCUAUAUGCGUAUUCUUGAAUUUAAGUUUGUGAAUC